AUGGAAAACGAUUCUUAAAUAAAGAAGGAAAGUGAAAAUGUUUAGGAAAAUUCAGGAUUAAAUGCACUAUCAACUUCGAACUAAACUAGUCAACCAGCCAAUAAUAAUAAUAAUAAACUGCACCACUAGACCUAAGAAAAAAUUAAUAAUCUUACAACCUCUUUAUCUCCCUACGAUAUUGAUUUCAGAAGCUUCGAUUAAAGUUCUUAGGAUUCAACAUCUGGACUUAAUUCGCAAAUGUAAAACUAAUAAUUAAACUAUUAAGCAUUAUCAGCUCCUAUUAGCUUAGAAUAUUAGGCUUUAAAUUAAUCUAAUCCUCAUCAUUAAUUCUAAGGUUAGUUAAUGCCAGAAUAAAUCUAGAACAAUUAAUAUUCUCAAUUAAUGACUCCUGCAUCGCAAAAUAUUUAACAAGGUUAGCUACAAACUUUAACUUCAAAAGUUAGAGAAAAACUCCAAUUCGAUAUUAUCCUUAGGCACAAAAAAGACAUUUUAGAUCCCGUUGAGUUAAAAGAAUUCAAUAGUGUAUACCAUCCUUUUAUUACAUUCUCUAUCGCUUCUAUGAUACUUUGCCCAAUUUCAGGUUAUUAACUCUACAAGUUUAUUUAGAAUAAUAAUUAUGGCUCAGCUAAAUUUGGCAGGGCAGCUAUAGUUUAAGCAGUUUUUACUUUCUUCGCUUACAGAUACCGACUUAAAUUUGAUAAAAGCAUUUAAAAAGUUGAAUCAAAAUACCUUAAUCAUUUAGAUGAAAGUUAUAUCAUUAACUUUUAGCAGUACCAGAAUGCAAGACAGCUGAAUCCACUACAGUAGUAUUUAAAUUAACCAACUUUAAAUGUCCCCUAUACUUAUUAGUAAUAGUAAGGAUUCGUCCCUAAUACCUAGACGCUUGUCUAGUAAAACUAAAGUGGCUUGAUCCCUUAACCUUAUUAUUUAGCCUAAGAUUUACCAGUAGAAUAUCAAAGCUAUAAUUAUGCUCCAUAAUAAUAAUAUAUUUAGCCAUAAUAAAAUUACAGCAAUUAAAAUAUUUAGCCCACUCAAAUAUAUGCUUAAGCUUAUCAAUAUCAAUAACCUUUACAGCAACAAUAUCCUUAAUACCAGUAUUAUAUUUAACCAACUCAAUAAUAGAGCUUCUAAGCACCCUAAAGUCCACAAGUUUGA